UAUGUAUCGCAUCCAUCGAUACAUAUCGCCCUUUGCCAUUUAGCUUUGUUUUUUUUUUGGAAUAUAGAACCAGGGUAGCAGGCUUUGGUUGAAACGUAAAAAAUGAGCACCUACCAGCAAAGCAGCGAGGGGAAAUUUAUCCCGGCCACAAAGCGUCCAGAUGGCACUUGGCGCAAGGCGCGUCGUGUAAAAGAUGGGUACGUGCCUCAGGAGGAGGUGCCGCUGUACGAGAGCAAGGGCAAGCAGUUUGUCGCCCAAAGACAGACUGGAGUGCCGCCUGGCAUGUGUCCCAUUCUGGCGGCAGAGUCAAAGAAAGAGCGCGAGAAGCAGGAGAGGACGAGAACAAAGAAGCUGGACAAGGACAAGGAAGGAGUUGCAGUUGCCCUAAGUGGCCCCAGUGGUUCUAGUGGCGGGUCGCCGCUUAAGGUUUGCCAACCUUCGUCUGACAGCAAGACGAACGUCAAUGUGAUAUCAAACGCUCUGGCGGAUAAAUUGAAGCUUAACGUACCCGAAGAUGUCGAUACUGAGAAACAAUUAAAAAAGCUUCGCAAGAAAAUCCGCGAAAUCGAACAAAUCGAGAGCAGAAUUCGGGCCGGCGAGCAUAAAAAGUUGGACAAAGACCAGCUCGACAAGGUGAAAAAGAAAGCCGAAAUCCUAAAGCAGCUAUCGGCAUUGGAUAACAGCGACGCAGUGCAGCCAAAGCCACAAUCAUAGCGAAAUAUCGAGCUCAACUCAACUCUGCCUCAGCCACCAGGCAUUUCUAAUGCUUACACUUAAAUUUAAAGAAAACACACUGACCUGAAGAUGUCGCGCCGUUCUGCCCGGAAACACACAAACCAGCACACCACACCACACUCACUUAUGCCUGUUAAAUAGUUCUAUAUAUUAGUUAUAGCUUAAGAAAUGCCAUUUUAGAAUUAUGUAUCAGAUAAUUGUAUCAUUGUGCAUCUGUCUUGUAACGUUCUUCAUUUGAUUUAAUUGGAGGAAUAGCCGGGUGUAUUUGUCUAGGAAACAGCAUUGUAAAUCAGAUUUAAUAAAUCAACUCUCUCUUAUGGAUA